ACCAGCAGUUCAGCUGCUCAUAACAUCCUCAGCCUGAGCCCCUCUGACUGGACAUUUUGGGACAUAUUUUCUGUAACUGAACGCCUCACAAUCCACAUCACGAGAGGAUUUAUUUUCGGUGUGGAGUAACGGCUGUUGUCUCGGAAAGGUGGCACAGAAGCUGACAGACGGUAGAUAACAGCCUGCUUGUUUGCCCGGCGCCGGGAGCCACCAACCCGGGCCGUUUGGGACUGGUGGGGUUGGCUAGCUAGAGGGCUAGCAUUAGCUGGGGAGAGCCUCUCACACCAGCAUCCGUAAGCACUUCGCUGCGUUGACGCCAACACAUCAGGCAUGAAGAUGGAUUGAAACAUGAAGGGUGGAACUGUCCCAUCAUCCAAAUAGGAGGGCGUCUCUCUUAGGUUUUGCUCACAGCUUAACUGUGUGACUGAGCUGGGAGACAUAGAGGAAGAUGCCUCCCAGGCCGUCCUCAGGGGAGCUAUGGGGCAUCCACUUGAUGCCUCCCAGGAUCCUGGUGGACUGCCUGCUGCCCAAUGGGAUGAUUCUUACCCUGGAGUGUCUCCGUGAGGCCACGCUCAUCACCAUCAAACAUGAGCUGUUCAAAGAGGCCAGGAAAUAUCCCCUCCAUCACCUCCUACAGGAAGAGACGUCCUAUAUCUUCGUCAGUGUUACACAGGAAGCAGAGCGGGAAGAGUUCUAUGAUGAGACCCGAAGGCUGUGUGAUCUCCGACUCUUCCAGCCCUUCCUCAAGGUCAUCGAACCAGUUGGCAACAGGGAGGAAAAGAUCCUCAACAGAGAGAUUGGUUUUGCCAUUGGUAUGCCUGUGUGUGAAUUUGACCUUGUGAAGGACCCAGAGGUUCAGGACUUCAGGAGAAACAUCCUGAAUGUUUGUAAAGACUCUGUGGAGCUGAGAGAUGCCAACGGGCCCCACAGUAGAGCACUGUAUGUUUACCCACCCAAUGUGGAAUCCACACAGGAACUUCCAAAACACAUCUAUAACAAACUGGACAAAGGUCAAAUUAUUGUUGUGAUUUGGGUGAUUGUUUCUCCAAACAACGACAAACAAAAGUACACAUUGAAGAUCAACCACGACUGUGUGCCUGAACAGGUGAUUGCUGAGGCCAUUCGUAAGAAGACACGCAGCAUGCUGUUGUCCCCAGAGCAGCUAAAGAUGUGUGUUCAGGAAUAUCAGGGUAAAUACAUCCUCAAAGUUUGUGGCUGUGAUGAGUACCUGCUGGAAAAGUACCCCAUCAGCCAAUAUAAGUAUAUCCGUAGUUGCAUCAUGCUGGGCAGGAUGCCUAACCUGAUGCUAAUGGCCAAGGACAGCCUAUACACUCAGUUGCCUACAGAUAACUUUGUCAUGCCAUCGUACUCUCGACGCAUCUCCACGGCAACAUCCUAUAUGAAUGGUGAGGCAGCUGCCAAGUCGCUGUGGACCAUCAACGGAACGCUGCGAAUCCGGAUCCUAUGUGCCACCUAUGUUAACGUCAAUAUACGGGACAUAGACAAGAUAUAUGUGAGGACAGGUAUUUACCAUGGAGGUGAACAGAUGUGUGACAAUGUCAACACUCAGAGAGUACCCUGCUCUAACCCCAGGUGGAAUGAGUGGCUCACGUAUGAUAUGUACAUCCCAGACAUACCCCGUGCUGCCAGACUCUGCCUGUCCAUCUGCUCUGUCAAGGGCAGGAAGGGAGCCAAGGAGGAGCACUGUCCACUGGCGUGGGGUAAUAUCAACUUGUUUGACUAUACUCACACUCUGGUGGCCAACAAGAUGGCUCUGAACCUCUGGCCUGUCCCUCAUGGCCUUGAAGACCUCCUCAACCCCAUAGGAGUCACUGGAUCCAACCCUAAUAAGGAAACCCCAUGUCUGGAGCUGGAGUUUGACCACUUCAGUAGUUCAGUCAAAUACCCAGAAAUGAAUGCAGUCGAGGAUCAUGCAAACUGGACCAUCUCAAGGGAACUGGGCUUUAACUACAACCUCUCUGGACAGAGCAACCGGUCGGCCAGAGAUCACGCCCUGACAGAGAGCGACACUGAGCAGAUAAGACAGCUGAGUAACAGAGACCCUCUUUCAGAAAUCACUGAGCAGGAGAAAGACUUCCUCUGGAGACACAGGCACUACUGCAUGAAUAUCCCUGAGAUCCUUCCUAAGAUCCUUCUCGCUGUCAAAUGGAACUCCAGAGAUGAAGUAGCACAGAUGUACUGUCUGUUAAAGGAAUGGCCAUCUAUCCGUCCUGAGCAGGCCAUGGAGCUGCUGGACUGUAACUAUCCCGACCCCAUGGUCAGGCAAUUUGCUGUGCGCUGUCUUGAAAAAUACCUGACUGAUGACAAACUGUCUCAGUACCUCAUCCAGCUUGUACAGGUAUUAAAAUAUGAGCAGUAUCUUGACAAUCCGCUGGCCCGUUUCCUCCUCAAAAAGGCCCUGACCAAUCAAAGGAUAGGUCAUUUCUUCUUCUGGCAUCUCAAGUCAGAAAUGCACAAUAAAACAGUGAGCCAGAGGUUUGGGCUGCUGCUAGAGGCUUACUGCAGGGCAUGUGGCAUGUACCUCAAACACCUGAGCAGGCAGGUAGAAGCCAUGGAGAAGCUCAUUAACCUCACUGACAUCCUUAAACAGGAGAAAAAGGAUGAGACACAAAAGGUCCAGAUGCGGUUUCUUGUGGACCAGAUGAAGAGACCGGACUACAUGGAUGCUCUGCAGAACUACACUUCUCCUCUCAACCCUGCACACCAACUGGGAAACUUGAGGUUAGAUGAAUGCAGGAUCAUGUCAUCAGCAAAGAGGCCAUUGUGGCUGAACUGGGAGAAUCCUGACAUCAUGUCCGAGCUGCUCUUUCAGAACAAUGAGAUCAUCUUCAAAAAUGGAGAUGACCUGCGGCAGGAUAUGCUGACGUUGCAGAUUAUUAAAAUCAUGGAGAAUAUUUGGCAGAAUCAGGGACUUGACCUCAGGAUGCUUCCGUAUGGCUGUCUGUCAUUAGGAGACUGUGUGGGUCUCAUCGAGGUGGUUCGCAGCUCCCACACCAUCAUGCAGAUUCAGUGUAAAGGAGGCUUGAAAGGAGCCCUGCAGUUCAACUCAAACACUCUGCAUCAGUGGCUCAAGGACAAGAACAAGGGCGAGAUGUACGACAUGGCUGUUGAUCUUUUUACGAGGUCCUGUGCUGGCUACUGUGUAGCUACAUUUAUUCUUGGGAUAGGAGACAGACACAACAGCAACAUUAUGGUCAAAGAUGAUGGACAGUUGUUUCAUAUAGAUUUCGGCCAUUUCCUGGAUCAUAAGAAGAAGAAAUUUGGCUACAAGAGAGAGCGAGUUCCUUUUGUACUGACACAAGACUUCCUCAUCGUCAUCAGCAAGGGAUCCCAGGAGUGCGCAAAGACCAAAGAGUUUGAGAGGUUCCAGGAGAUGUGUUAUAAAGCCUACCUGGCCAUCCGACAGCAUGCUAACCUCUUCAUUAACCUGUUCUCCAUGAUGCUGGGCUCUGGCAUGCCUGAGCUGCAGUCAUUUGAUGACAUUGCCUACAUUAGGAAGACGCUGGCCCUGGAGAAAACUGAACAGGAGGCUUUGGACUACUUUAUGAAACAGAUGAAUGAUGCUCACCAUGGAGGAUGGACCACCAAGAUGGACUGGAUAUUCCAUACAAUUAGACAGCAUGCACUAAACUGAUCUCCUGCACACCAACAAAAAAAUACCAGUCCCACCUUGGAGUAACAGCUCACUGAUGAUGGAAGUUUGCAGCUUGAUUUUUUUAUUUUGUUUUUAAGACACCAGUUAAAGCACUAUUUUUUAUUUAUCCAAACGAGGUUCCUGUUUUUCUGCAUUUUCCCCUCCAUAAUCAUCUGCCUCUUUCUGUGGUCUUGAUGGUGCCCUCGCUCUACUCUCUGCUUGUUCUGGGGUCCACAAGAGAGUCCUCUCGUCCUGGUGAAGACGUGCCCUACCUGGCCGAUGCUCGUAUCCUUGGCUACUAUGCUUCCUCUGUUUUUUCCCCAACAAGGAACAAACUGGGUAACAAAGGAAAUUUUGCCCCUUACCCCGCUGCUCUUGCUGGAAAAACACACAUUGUAUCUGCCAAUCUAUAAAUGUAGCCACAAAGUAAGUUCAACUUACUGCCCUUCUGCUGUAUAACGUCUGCACUGUGGCUCCACCCCAGAAAGGAGGUGCGUGGGAACCUUUUUUUUUUUUAUUAUUUUUUUUUAAAUCUCAUCACUGCUGAGAAGAUAGCAGGCAGAAGGAACCGUCUAAGUGAUCUCUCAAGAUACAAGUGUUACUCAACUUGUUGCACAGUGCAGGAUUACUGGAGUAUGGGGGCCUCUAUGAUGACUACCACUGCACAGUCUUCCACCAUCUUUGUGGUGAAGUUGCUCUCCUGAGCUGAUUCAGUGUCAGCUUUCCCACCUUUUAACCCUUUUGUGAGGAAAUUUCGAAGCUCAAAAACUGCAGAAGAGUCUCUGUGUUGUUUUGCACAGCUCUGCAGUCUCCCAUGGCCUCAUGAAAAAGCGCUCCACCCCCAGGAACAUUUGGUGGUGGUGCUGCUUUAGACUGUUGCAUAUGAUACUAACUUCAGGGUGAUGAUGCCUCUCCAUCAGAAAAAAAAAACAGCACUUAGAAAUACCAGAAUAAUAUACAGAUUUAUUAUGACUUUUUGAAUUUAUUUAUGUAUCUAGUCUCUUUCAGUUUCUACACAGGCAAAACUCCACUCUCCAGAGACACCCCAUUGUUUUGUGUAAAUAUAUUUGGAGGCUUUUUUGUAUUUGUGUUUACCUAUUUGCUUCCUUUUUCUGACAAACCACGUGCAACAGCUUUCCACUUUUUGUCGAUUCCAGAGUUUUGCUCAUAUUCGUGAAUUAAGACUGCUGAUGCCUUUUUAUCCUCUGUCACUUUUAAGUCAAACAUCUCAUUUGACAUUAUUAGUAGUAGCCCAGUUUGUUGUAUUGUGGCUAGUUUGCUGCCCUACUUGGAAUUUAUACAAAAAAAAAUUUGUUUGGGGAUGCAAAUUGGUGAGAAGGAAAGUGCCAGUGUCACAUUUUAAUAUUAAUGGGACCUGUUUUAAGCCUCUGGAGGUCUGUUUUGUUGGCGAGCAGAAGCCCAGGGGAAUGUCACGUCUUCCUGCUGAUAAAAUGCCUUGGCGUCACAGCACAACACUCCAUAACACUGCACACUGCUAAGCCCUACAAACUCUGCCUAAACCAAGUAAGCCAACCAUGACAGCACUAUUAACAUGAAUAGCAUGAACGGCUAGAUUUGACCUUCCUCGUAUUAUUUUUUUUACUUCUAACCAUGUGAAGUUGAUGGUCUUUAGCAUGUCUCCCGUUUGAAUGUUUUUAAAAUGUCGACUCAUGGUGGAUAGUUUUUAUUCAGAGUGCUUUUAACUGAGCCCACAACCCAGGCAGUUUUUGAGCCGUGCUCUCUGUUGCCACGCUCUUUAUGUUAGAUGCUGAGAUUUUACAGAUUUUUCCCAACAGAAACAUUUGAUUUUUAACGAGUUACAAUGAAAUGAAAUGAAACACUGCAUGUCGGCGAGAUAUAAUCAUGACAAGGCUUUGAACAAAUCUUUCAAAUUUGGUUGGAUCCCUCAAAAGUGGGUGUAGCCUAGUGAAUACAGAGUGAUACGGAGCUGUGGAGGGCUGUUGGUCUCUGCCAACACCUUCCUCAUGUGUUGGUUCAGGAGGGUGAGGAGGGCUGUGGUGGUGGUGGUGGUGGUGAUACGAACUAGGGACAGUUUUAUAAAUGGUAAAAAGUUAUGCACAGCUGCUUUAAGCUAGAUUCUUUGCAUGUGCAGACAAAGUUUUGGCUAACUCAUAUCCAAAUACACACGCACCUUGUGCUGUUAUAUCACUUUGCUGGCUAAUAUAAGCCACUAGUUAAUGGUGAUGUGGUCUAAUAUGAUGGGCAGUGGCAACAAUCAUGUUUCACUGAAUUCAUACACCUACAGGUUUAAGAUGAGUCAUCAAAAUAACCUAUUUUACAGAAAGACAGAAGAGCAGGGUUUUGAUAUUAAAACACUGAGAAAAAAAAUGUACUUUUUAAAAAAAAAACACAUUACAUACAACAAGAGAUAAAGAUUAACAUCGGGACAGGAAAAGCUUGAUAAACGCAUUUUUGGUCCAUUGUGUCUUCAGAGCAGACCAUUGUCACCCUGUCGUGUGAGAUUAGCAAUUCUCUCUAACAUACUGUUCUAAAAGGUGUUUUUAACGAUAAACAAAGAACCUUGAGUGACCGUUAACGGCUUUUCAGUUGAAUUGAGAACUUCUCGUACAGUGUGCUUCGCUGAGAACAGAAUGUAUUGUACAAGAAAAAGGUGCCUCAGAGCAGCCUCAUCAGCCCCCGACACCCUCACAAUGUAAAGACACCUGGAUGUGUGCAUAGCUAAAUUAUUAUCCUAGAAACUAAAGUGUGAAAUCCAGUCUGCCAGCACAAGAGAAAGUGUGCACUUUGCCUGCCCAACUGUUGAUUGUAUUGAAAAGCCAAAGUUGUGCUCUGUUCUGAUGUGGCGCAUGUGUGUGAUGUCCUGUUACUGCAGCAUUUAAUGGCUAGAAUGUAUUUAAUUGCUGACAUAGACCUUAUGCGCACUCAUCUUUUCUAGGUUCUUGUAUCAUCUUUGUUUGCUUCCUAAAGUCAGAUGCAGUGCCACUGAACACGCAGUAGGUUCUCAGCAGAGAUGGUCUUCUCUUCUUUUUCUUAACGUGCCAAAUCAGGCAUCACUGAGGCCCAGGAAAGCUAAUGCUGGAAUUACAUCACGCAGUAGGGCGGUGAGUUCAGACAGUUACAGACGUUUUAAAAAAAAAAAAAGGAAAAGGUUGGGGUAUGCACUUAAAAAUCCUAGUUCUCAUUGCCUUUUUGUCCAAAAGGACUCUGUAAGAAGAAAGUUAGCCUAGUAAGCAUGUUUCUCAAGCAGCAUAACCAGUGUGUAUGGUGUACAUUUUGACGCAGCAUUAAGCAGUAUGUAUGUACAGUUACAGUCCAACUUCUUUUUCUAUGGUAGGCUUCAUGUGUGAUGAACCUGUAGUGUUGGUAUCUUUCCUGUCCUUUCCCAUGUAUCCCCCAAAUUGAUUGUGUGAGUGCGUUUGCGUGCAUUGAUUGUCUCUCUGUACAGGUUGCAGAGCUUCAUUGGCUGGCCCCAAUGAAAAACCCACACUGUGUGUAUAUACAUGUCCAUGUGUUUGUUUGUGUGACGACACUUAACUGUUGAAGUGGUGGUGUCUCUAAAUGUUUUGUAAGCCUCUUCUCCCCCCCGCUGGCUGCUCUGUGCCAGAGAAGGAAAAACAAAAAAUGCUGAAGUUUUUGCAUUGUUUGUAAGGAAACAUAAAGGAGGGGGAACUUUUUUCAUACAUAAGUUGUAAAUGUUUUACUUGAAAUAUCAUGAAUGAAAACCACAGCUGUAUUUUGUUGGUUUAAAGUUGAGAUGGGGGUAGUGCAGUGUUUAUUUAGUACUGACUGUGAGAGCGUGUGUGUGUGUGUAUAUUGUACUGUUGACAGUUGAAGCAUUGUGUACAAGCUGUUUGAUACUGGCGGUGAAUGUAAGUGAUGCCACAGCCCUGAAUUUCAGUGAAGACGCAACUAAACUAAUGAAGGUUGUGCUUGAGUCCAAACUCUUCAGACCAGGUGCAGUGAGAACUAUGACGCAGUGUUUCGCAGGCUUUAAUAAGAUUUAAUAAUCUUAGAUUUUCAUCAGCCUCAAACUCGUAGAAGUUACGUCCAGCAGCUGAUUAAUAGUUCUCACAUCUUCUCAGAGCAUGUUUGUUUGUUUGAAAGUUCUCCUGACAAUGAAUUGGAGCAGGAAUUGCAAUAUUGUUGCACUAGUUUUUCCUCUUUUUGGACUUUGAUGGCACGCAUGCACCAACGUCUCUGAAACACAGGUCCAUAUUUACAUAUCCGUCUGCCUGUAUGGAUAAACAAUCUGCAGGAGUUUUAGUAUCAUAUAAUGAUACGUAAUGCCUGUACCUGCUGUUUUACAAAGUAAGAUGAAGUUGGAAAUAGUUGAUCUUCGGCCGCCCAUGUGUGCAGAAAAAUACUGAUUGAUUUUCUGUGAAGUUUAACAGAGAGGAGGGAAAUUGUACUGUGCCCCUGCUAAUACAAUCAUAUGGUCUGAGCUAUGAUUCCAAGAUCAACAGUGGACAUAACACAAACACCCAGAUAAUAUAAUGCACCUCAAUGCAAUAUCCAUGCAGUAAAUGCUACUUUAGUGAAGCCUAUAUUGUUCUGUCUUUGAUGAGUCUUUAUUGAAAGGUGUUUCUGUUACUGUUCCUGUUUAUUCACUUGAUGGACAGAUGGCCGUUGUAUUUCGUGAAUAUGGCCGCAGAUUUUCACCUGCUUUCUGUAAAGCAGUUCAAAACAGAGUCAGUCCCACUUUUAGUGCUGUUUGUUUAAACACAAACUGUGUUGUCUAAAAGCCUUUGAAUGGGCUUUAAACAGGGUGAACGUCCAGGGUUUCAAACUGUUGCACUUCAAACAGCAAAUAUGACUAAUCAUGAAGAUUAUUGAUCAUUUGUGAUCAUUCUUGAGGCCUCUGAAGUGUGCUAAAUUCUUACUUCAAGGAGAAACAUUGACUAAACGGUCUGUGGAUUCAUGUAUGCAGUGCUACAUUACAGUGUACAGCUAAUAUAUUUCCAUAACAUACCAUGCUGUCAGAACCUUAACCUAUACUAUGAAUGAAUGUACAACGGGCCAAUGUAUUGUUUUUCCACAGCCUACCUGCAUGAGAUCGGGUAAAGAUGAAUUUUCAUCUUGCUACAUUGUUUGUUUGUUUAGUCUGCUAAGCAGCCAUACAGAUGUUUAUAAAUUAAUGCCUUAAGUUUGCUCUGUGUAGGAACAGUUUCAUCGUCACAAUAACCUGCAUUUUUUUUUUUAUUUAUAAAUGUAUAUUGUGUUUCAUUUUGGCUCCCUGGUCACAGAGUAAAGGUUUGUACCCUGACUGACUGACUGACUGACUGACUGGUCAUCUGAGUGUUCUGUGAAGAUGUACAAAUAAAUUUGUUAAACAUUCACCCAGCUGUGUUUGCUCUCGCAGUGUACAGUCUGUAAUGAAGCAUUUGGUUAAAUCUGGUA